UGAAAUGUGGUUAGUACACUCCUCUAGCUAUCCAAUAAAGCUUCUUCACUACCUCCACUCAAGUAUUGAGUAAGGCAAAGGAACGUUAAGCCUGAGGGAGAAGAGGCUGCCAUUUUCCGGAAAAGACUCGUUAGUGACUGUUAAGAAGUGUCACUUAGGAUCAGAUGAACUUGAGGAGAGAGAAUCUGCCAAGGUCUGAAGCCUUCAAGCAUCAGCAACCCCAAAUGGCCUCCCAAGACUUUGAUCACGCAGAGCAGGGCUCAGACUCCGCACCUGGUACCCCAGGAAGUCAGGUGGACCAAGAGGUGGUGAACAGUUCUGUCUACCAACUUCUGGACAGAUCACAGAGUAACCAGAUGGCCAAACUGCAAAUCCUAGGGGCCAUCCAGAUCCUGACUGGAACAAUGAUUCUGGCCCUGGGUGUUCUUCUGGGCUCCUUACAAUACAAAUCUCCUCUCUUCAGACACUUCUUUUUCUUUACCUUUUACACAGGCUAUCCGAUAUGGGGUGCUAUCUUUUUUAUUAGCUCAGGAUCGAUCUCUGUCGCAGCUGGGAGGAAACCCACAAGAAUGUUGAUGCAGAACAGUUUUGGGAUGAACAUUGCCAGUGCUACAAUGGCCUUAGUUGGAUUUAUUUUCCUCUCGAUAAAUAUUGCAGUUUAUAACCAGUCAUUCAAGAGCUGCCAUUCAACGCCCUCACCAGAAUUAUGCAACUACUUGGGUUUCUCCUCAAAUGGUGUCGUGUCUCUGAUGCUGAUCCUAAGCUUGCUGGAGCUGUGUGUAACCAUCUCAAUCUCAGUGAUGUGGUGCCAGACAAGUAGCUGUAUUACAGACGAGGCAAAUUCCUCAGCCCCCAUAGCGGUGGGGUCAGGCUUGCCUCCCAGUGAAGGUAAACCUGAACAUGAAGACACUCAACCUCACAUCUCCAGUGAGUAAGAGCUCCAUUGAUGAUGCCCUCAGAAGGACAAGCACCCAUGAAACUCAUUCCUGCUGUCACUUCAUCACCUUGGACAUCUGACUCAACCUUUUGUGUCUUAACAGUAAAUUUCCUUAGUGUGCCCCAAGUUUGGAAAGACAAGCAUGCUUCUUUUGGCAUUGUGGAUUUAGGCAUUAGGUCGUUCUAUGGCCAUUGCUCUACAGUAAUUCCCAGAAUGUUCUCAUUCUUCUUACCAACCUAACCCCUUGUUUGAUAGGAAUCAAAUAUGGCAGCUGGUGGGAGUCGGGCGGUAGCGCAGCAGGUUAAGCACACGUGGCGCAAAGUGCAAGGACUGGUGUAAGGAUCCCAGUUCGAGCCCCCAGCUCCGUAUCUGCAGGGGAGUCGCUUCACAAGCGGUGAAGCAGGUCUGCAGGUGUCUAUCUUUCUCUCCCUAUCUCUGUCUGACCCUCCUCUCUCCAUUUCUCUCUGUCCUAUCCAACAACACCGACAUGAAUAACAACAAUAAUAACUACAACAGUAAAACAACAAGGGCAACAAAAGGGAAUAAAUAAACAAAUAAAUAUUUAAAAAAACAAAUAUGGCAUCUGGAAUGAUCCCUGUUUCAUCUUGUGCAGGAGUGACUUCAUUUUCCUCGAUAGCGCUGCUUGUGACCAAUGAUAAUCAUAUGCUGGGAAUGAGACUAGUAGUCACUGACAUUACACAUAUAAUUGAUUCACACAUCUAUGAAACUAUAAACUCAAUCAUUAAUUCUGACAGAUUGGAAAAGAGCAUGGCAGGUUCCUGGGGCUCUAGCAUCCAUGUUCUUGGGAAAAAAAACUAUGGUUGAUUAGAUAUUAAACUAAGUCAUUCUUUUGGUGGGGAUAAGAAGCCCAGUGUAAGAUGGUGAGUUGCUUCUUUCCUUGGGCUAGAAAACUGUCCACCAUUUCUGGUUUGGGGAAACUUAUUUGCUCUCACAAUUGAGCACAGAUGUACUCUCAAAAAUUCAAUUCCCAAUGAAAAGGAAAAUGAGUCAGCUCUAUUUUUUCUCUGCAGGAAAAAA